UUGUUGUUCCUCUCCUUCGUUGUAAUUACUGUCAAGGAUGAUGCAGAAGGGGAGGCCACCGUAAAGAAGAGAAAGAUUUGAGGAAAUAAAUAAAGGGAUCUGAGGUUUGAAAUCCAAUGGGUUCGCACGUAAUGGAACCAGAUGACAUAGCGACGUAUGCUGAAAUAUUUAAAGCUGGUGGAGAAAAUCAUUCCUCCAUUUGCAUGUCAAUCGGCAAGAUUCAAUCCAAAGGUUCAAUCUUUUUCCACCAUGCAAACCCAUUAGAUUACUCAGUUCCUCUCCUUCUGGCUCAGCUUUCCCUGGCCUCCCUUUUCGUUCUUUUGACUUCUACCCUCCUCAAACCCCUUGGCCAACCUACCAAUGUCAUCCAAAUAUUUGGUGGUAUAGCACUAGGUCCGUCGUUUUUCGGAAGGAUUGAUGGAUUCAUAGAGCUUUUUUAUCCUUACAGAAGUCUGGUACUCAUCGAUGCGGUUGCUCUAUUUGGCUAUAUGUUCUACUUCUUUUUGAUUGGAGUACAAAUAGAUCCUUGGAUUCUGAAGAGAGUUGAGAAGAAGGCGUUUAUCAUUGGUGUCUCAACUGUAGCGGCUGCUAUUGUACUAAGCAUCACCACCUCUUUCAUUCUGCUCAGCAUUGAAAUAAAUGUUGAUCAAUUAGUGUCGAACUCACUCCCCGUAGUAGCAACCAUGUCAUCGGUGCUUGGCUUCCCAGUCAUCGCUCACUAUCUCACCGAGCUUAGGAUGGUCAAUUCAGAUUUUGGAAGGAUGGCAAUGUCUUGUUCCCUUGUCAGCAAUAUGUUUGGGUUUUUAAUCAUAACUAUCACGAGCUUGUCAAGUCAACCCUCAGUCGAGAAAUUUAUCCUUCUCCAAAACAUCACAGCUGGUAUUGGCUUUACUAUGGUUAUAUUUUUUGGUGUGAGACCCCUAAUAAUAUGGGGCACGCGAAGAAAUCCUCCGGGGGAGCCAUUAAAGCAAGGUUUCAUUUGUUUGAUAUUUAUAGGCGUCUUGCUGUCUGGAUUUUGCAGCAAGGCUCUAGGCCUACACAUCUUCUACGGGCCACUAAUUUAUGGUCUAGCCAUACCAGCUGGACCUCCCCUAGGUUCUGCCAUGAUGGACAAGCUUCAAUUCAUCGUUUCUUGGCUGUUUAUGCCCAUCUACUUCGUCAAAACUGGUUUGGUUACUGAUAUAUUUUCUGUGAAACUCAGGAAUUAUUUGCUUCUGCAAUCAGUUAUUCUCGUUGCUUGUUUCGGAAAAUUCCUUGGCGCACUUAUCUCUUCAAUAUGCAACCAAGUUUCACUCCGAGAUGCAAUCUCAAUUGGCCUCGUAGCCAACGUCCAAGGUGUUCUGGAGCUAGGCAUGUUUAAAAUGAUGAAGCAAAAUGAGGCAAUAGCAGAUGAAGCUUUUGUUGUCUUGUGCAUAAACCUCUUCAUUGCAACUGCCAUCGUUACUCCAAUACUGAAAUCUCUGUAUGAUCCACAUAAAAGAUAUGCAGCACACAAAAAUAGGAAUAUCCAGCAUAUGAAGGUGUACUCUGAACUUCGGGUGCUUGCAUGUAUACAUGAUCAAGAAAAUGUCCCAGCCACAAUAAACUUGCUGGAAGCACUUCACCCCUCAAACCAAAGCCAUAUGGAUAUUGCCAUGCUACAUUUAAUAGAGCUUGUUGGCCGUGCCCAUCCGCUUCUCAUAAACCACAAACUUCCAAUGAUGAAGCACGUAAACGAGGCCUCAGCUUCGAAAAGAAUCAUCAAUGCCUUCAAAGUGUUUGAGCAGAACUUCCGCGAGACAGUAGCCAUGUAUCCCUUUACGGCUAUAUCUCCUUAUGUUAUGAUGCAUGAUGAAGUGUGCAAUAUGGCACUUGAAAGGAGGGCAUCUCUCAUAAUGAUUCCUUUCCACAAAAGGUUUAGUUCCAGCAGGAAGACAGUAUCCAAUUUAGGUAUUAAAAUUAUGAAUGAAAAAAUCCUGCAGACAGCACCUUGUUCCGUUGCAGUAGUUGUAGACCGGUCACUUGUGAACACCUCAAGGCCCAUACUAGAUGCUUGGUCUACGUAUCGUGUUGCUGUCCUUUUCUUGGGAGGACCAGAUGAUAGGGAAGCACUCGCUCUGGGAGAACGCAUGGCUGGAAAGAGAAACAUCAGCCUCACAAUAGUCCGAUUACUCCUUCAGCAAGAGGAAGGCGGUAAAAUAGCAACGACUCAUUAUGACACAAUACAGAAGACUCUGGAUAAUGAAAUGGUAAGCGAGGCAAGGAGUGGUAUGGCAGGAAAUUUUCGGGUCAAGUAUGUAGAAAAGAUGAUACGGGAUGGAACAGGGACAGCUGCUGUUAUGCGAUCAAUGGAAGACGAAUAUGAAGUAAUCAUUGUUGGCAGACGUCAUGACACACAAUCUCCAUUACUACUUGGCCUUUCUGAUUGGGUUGAAGAGUCUGAGUUAGGGCCAGUAGGAGACAUGUUUGCUUUAGCAGAUUCUGAAAGUAUUUCCACAAUAUUAGUUGUGCAACAACACACCGAUUGAAGACUUUAUAUAUCAGCACCAGAACAGGCUUCCAGAUUCAGUUUCGAAUCAGAAUUGAAUUACAUUAUAGAUUUUAUUUGUGAUGUAAUCGGCCACUAUUUCUUCCUUUAGUACAGACUACAGAGACUGUACAAAAUUUUGUUUUCUCCAAGCUCGGCGAUAGGUGUACACAAGUAUAUCAGUGCAGUGAAAAAAAUUAUAUCCCUGCAAUUCAAUUAGUUGCAGAUAAAAUUGGCUGCCAAAUGAUAUUUCAGUUGCACAUAUCUUUCUUUA